AUGGCUUGUUUGACAGGAUGGGCGGAGGGAAUUGGAGGAAAUUUUGCCGUCCACAAAGCGGUCUCUGAGAUACUGCCCAAGGAAACAAAGAUUGUCUCUGCUGAGUCUUGCGGGACCUCAUCAUGGACGAGAACCGCAAAGCUCUCGGUGAUUUUGCCCGGCGGCAGUCCAAAGAGGUACUUCCUCAAGUGCAUUAGAGGGCAGGGCGCACGGGCUUUGGUCGAGGGGGAAUAUCGUUCUGCAUCCGCUAUUGAGGCGGUAGUUCCAGGAUUUGUGCCAGAGCCGGUUGGCUGGGGCCAAUAUAGUAAUGACCAGUCACAAGAGCACUUUUAUGUCGGGGCCUUCCACGAUAUGGAUCUUGCCGUAGCCCCGGAACCGGAAUACUUAAUGUCCCAGUUAGCAGAGCUCCACCAAAGAGGAACAUCACCGAACGGAAUGUUUGGGUUUCCAGUCGCAACUGUUUUAGGAAAAUUUGAACGUACAGUUACCUGGGAAAAGAGUUGGGCGAAAGCUUUCGCUCGGCAAUUGGAAGAUGUGAUCAAUUUCGACAAUGAAACAAACGGUCCUUGGCCAGAAUAUGACAGCGCCUGCAAACAACUUAUUGACGUGGUGAUCCCAAGACUCCUGGGAGCUUUGCAGUCGGAAGGUCGUGAGAUAAAGCCGGCGCUGAUUCACGGGGAUUUCUGGGAGAACAAUGUGGGGGUAGACAUGGAAACGGGUAAAAUGGUUGUCUUCGAUCCUGGAAGUACCUAUGCCCAUAAUGAAAUGGUAUUUGGGACAUGGAGGUGCUCCUGGGCAUUCCACUUUAAUUCUCCGAUUUAUAUGAGGCUUUAUCAACGCCACGUUGAACCCUCAGAGCCUGUGGAGGAGUGGGACGACCGCAAUCGACUCUAUAGCAUCCACCCGUACUUGAAUGACUCUGCUGGACAUCCGGGAAGUGUUUCUAGACAAUUAGCUUACAACGACAUGCUGUACCUUUAUCUCCAGUACCUCCUCAAAGAUACACCGGAGAAGGUUGAAGAUGUUCAGCUCUCAGCGUGGGACUCGGCACUUUUCAAUCAAGAGCUUGUGCACUUGAAAAUUGCUCCUGUCAUCACUAAUCUGGCGAAGUCCGAUGUUCAAACCCAAAGCGAGGAAAAUGUGGGCGAUAUCGAAGAGGGUACAUGGGCUGGUUCUCAGCUAGCACUGACCGAUCUUUACCGCAGGAUCGAGCACGGAGCUCAUCUGUUUCAUUGGUCUGAUGGUACAGACAAUUAUCCACCACACUUAGAAGUGCCCCGUCAUGGCGGGAUCCCUAAGCCUUACAAUGCGCCUCAAUAUGAGAUUUUCAACGCAUGUGGUCUCUUGAACGCCGCGGGAAUGCUGGUCAAGAUAACUCCAAAGACGUUCCUUGGUACCUUCGCACAGAAGAUCUGGAGUGCAGCGGAGAACUUGAUCAACGGAAGGGGUUACCAAGGCAUCAGCUUUGCUGAGCUUGAAAUGCACAACAGAGAGUGGCGAAAAACCGCUGUUGAUGUGAUGAAGGGCAAAAAUCUAGGAGAUUUACCUGACUGGUUCUCCGACGCCAAAUUUGCACAGCAGUCAUUCACUGGCGCAAAUCCAAAUACAAUCCGCCUUGCAUCGGACACAUGGAUCUCCAGUUUCAAGCAGGCUGCAGAGAUGCAAAAACUGUCCGCCGUUUUAGACUUUAUCCAGAAAGCGGAGACGAGGUCCCUCUACGUGCAGGACUGCAGCUACUUUCGUGAGGCUGUCAAAGCUCAGCCAAAAGCAGAAUUAAAAGCCGAAGAUCGUUAUGGCACCGCGGCGGUGGCGCUGUAUCAUCUUUCUCAGAGCGGUCGGCUUCAUCCGAUCGCCAUCAUAAUUGACUGGAGAGGCUCUGUCCAAGAUUCGGUCACAAUUUUCAACAAACAACUUAUACCGCUGGACCCGCAGAGCUCAGACUACGAGUCCCAGCUCAAAAAGCAAAAGUCAGACUGGCCGUGGCGAUAUGCUAAAACGUGUGCCCAACUGCUAGAACCACACUGGUACAAAACACUCCCGCCCAAUGCGGCGGCAAGAGAAACUCUUGUUCCAAAGAUCAUCCUUGAAUUGGUCGGCUUUUCUGGGUCUCAGCCAUACGAUUUCAUCAAAUAUGCCUUUGCUGGUUUCGAUUUCACUGCCAACUACGUUCCUCAGGACCUUGCAUCGCGCGGCUUUCCAGAAUCUGAACUGAGAAGUCCUAGACUGAGAAACUAUCCGUAUGCACAAAACAUCCUGAGUAUUUGGAAUACGAUUCGCAAAUUCGUCCAUUCCAUGGUUGGGGUGACCAAAUAUUCCAGUGACAACGAGGUUGCUAAUGAUGCCCCAAUCCGGUCAUGGUACAAACAAAUUCGAAAUGAGGGCCAGAUACCAUCGUUUCCGGAAAUCAAAACAAGUGACCAGCUCAUCGACGCCAUUACCAUGUGUAUUCAUGUUGCGUCGCCUCAGCAUACAGCAAUCAAUUACCUUCAAAAUUUUUACAUGGGCUUCGUACCAGCCAAGCCUCCAUGCUUAUAUACUCCACUGCCCAAAACCCGCGAGGAGCUUGGCCGCAAACGCGAAGAGGACCUCCUACAUGCACUCCCCGUGGGGCACCAGCGAGAGUGGCUAUUAGCAACGCAAAUUCCAUGGUUGCUCAGUUACAAGCCUGCGGAGGAAGCGAACUUGUUCACGUACUCCGACAGUCUGUACAAUCUUUUGCGCAAGAAGUCAGGAUUGAGAGAUAAAAAGGUGACAGAGAUCGCGAAAGUCUUUCACGAAGACUUGAGGGCGUUGAUUGAGCAAUUCAAGGCAAGCAGCGAUAACAUGACCACGGACACCGUGCCAUACAUAGUUAUGAACCCAGGAACUACCGCUGUCAGUAUCUUGUUGUAA